AUAAUAAAAUAACUCAUGGAACUAUCCAAAAACCUAAUUUAAAAUGUCCUGUUCAAUUCUGGCAUUAUAUACCUAAAAACCUUAAAGAAUAUCCUUUUAUUAUUAUAUUAUCUAAAGGAAUUCAUAAUCAUCCAGCACCACCGCCAGUUAAAACACCUAAAUCAAUUUUAAAUGAUUUAAAAGAUAUAAUUCAUAAUGAGGAUAUAUUAGAUCUUACUGCACAUAAACUUUUAAAUCGGCCUACAUUGAUUUUAUAUUUAAAAGGAGUUCCAUUACCUCAAUUACAUCCAUCUUUAAAUAAUCUUUCAAGACUUGAUGCAUUAAUAGCAUCUAGAAAACGUGCUGAACAUCCUUAUGGACAAAAUAUUUAUGGUGUUGUAUAUUUAUUAAUGAAACAAUCUAAUGAUGAAAAUCCUUAUAUAAGAACUAUUAGGUUACUUAAUGAUGGUCAAUAUCUUGUAUUAUGUGGAUAUAAACUACAAAUUGAAGGUUUAAGAAAGUCUAAAUAUAUUGAAAUAGAUAUGUCAUUUAAACGUGUUCAUGGCUCUAUUAAUGAAUGGGAAAUAUGUGCAUAUAGUGAAACUUAUCAAAAAA